AUGACACUCUUCUGCCUACGCCAGGGGAAAGACAAGAAGGACAAGGAUAAUUGCAAAGACGGAGACGACAAGGUCAGCGGCACUAGCAGCCAGAAGAAGUCAAAGUCCAAAUCCAAGGUCACGGUCAAGGACGCGGAGUCUGCCGCCACGAGCACGAGCACGAGCACGAGCACGAGCACGAGCACAACGACGACAACGGGGCGCGUCAUCGAGACGCGGGGCGAGGCGUCCAUCAUGGCGCUCGCGCUGGCCGAGUCCCCCGAGGACGAGGAGCGCGCGCUGCCGGACCUGCUCCGCGACAUGCACGAGGCGGAGAGACAGGCCCGGCGGCUCAAGACUACAGUCAAGAGGCGGCCGCUCCCCCAUCAUGCUUAG